GGCGGAAGAUGAGUCCAAAGCCGAGAGCCUCCGGACCUCCGGCCACCAAGGCGGCACGAAAGAGCAAGUCCUCCCCCCAGCUGAGCCCCAGUAGCCCGAAGAAGAAGACUACCAAGGUGGCCAAGAAGGGGAAAGCAGCCCGUGGAGGGAGAGGCGGGAAGAAAAGGGCUGCAAAAAAGAUGGCGGCUGUGACGGCACCUGAGGCGGGGAGCGGGCCAGCGGCACCCGGCCCCAGUGACCAGCCCAGCCAGGCCCUUCAGUAUGAGCUGCCACCGGCGGAGCCAGUGAGCGAGGAGACCCAGCUGGAGGAACCACUUAGUGAGGAGACCCAGCUGGAGGAACCAGAACCACUGAGUGAGGGGUGGCCAACUACUCCCGUAUCUCCUUGA